AUGUUUGCCAUCUAUAGCAUUGCUACCUUGUCUCUUACGGAAGCUGAAUGCAACGAGAUAUUGGGCGAAAGCCGGGCAGCCUUGCGUUCCUGUUACGUGGAAGCUACGAAAAGGGCUUUGUUUCGUGCCAAGUUCAUGAGCAGCACGAGCAUUGUGGUACUGCAGGCACUAGUCCUUCACCUUCUUGCUAUCCGAGACGACCACGAACCGCGUGCGGUGUGGAGCCUUACGGGAGUGGCGCUUCGUGUUGCCGAAGGAAUGGGUUUAAGUCUCGACGGCACACUUCUUGGUUUAUCUCCAUUUGAAACUGAAAUCCGUCGACGCAUAUGGUGGCAGCUUAGGACACACGACUUCCGUGCAGCAGAGCUAAGUGGCCAGGCCAAGUUUCGAGACUUUGAAGUCAACGACACCACCCCUAAGAUGCCCGCGAAUGUCGAUGACAGCGAUCUUAAUCCCACAAUGUUGCAGGCGGCUGUCGAGUCGACGAAGCCGACUGAGAUGAUAUGGUGUAUGGUCAGGUCCACAAUGGCCACCUUUGCUGCCGGACAAACAGCCAAGAUGGCCAAACUCCGCAAGGUCGCCUUUACAUCGGAUGAAUAUCCCGCCAUCGACGACUUGGAGCGCAAGGACGACUUCAUCAGGGGAGUAGAAGACAUAUUGGAGACCAAGCACCUGCGAUUUUGCGAUCCAUCUCAGCCCAUACAACUCAUGGCCCUGAUUGGUGGCCGGACAGCAACAAACCUUGUCCGCUUCAUGGCUCAUCAUCCACGCAGAUGGGCCCACCAGAACAGUGUCCCAGCAUCGGAGCGGCGUUUUGUCUGGGACAUUGCCGUUCGACUGCUGGAGCAGUAUAACAUGAUGCAAACCGACCCUCAUCUGCGGCGCUUUGCGUGGCACGUACCCUAUUUCAUUCAAUGGCACGCUGUUAUCCAUGUCUUGGACACACUCCGAACAGAGCCUCUUCACGUAGACUCUCAAAGUGCCUGGUCCCUCAUCGACACCUUGUUCGAGAACAAUCUCGGGAUUAUGUUGAGCAUCGACAGACCGAUCGUUGCAGCGGUGGGAAAUCUCUGUCUGAAAGCCUUUGCCGCUCGAGAGGACGUUUUGAAGAGACAGAAAGCGGUUGUACCUCCUCCGCCGGAAUACAUAACUAGGCUGCGCGAUCAGCGACAGGCCGCCAAAGCAAGGAGAGAAGAAGCUGCGAUGAAAAGUUGGGCGCGAGUACCAUUGAGCCGCCAACAAUCGAGCAUGAUCAAUGUCGACCCAACACCACCAGACUUGGAUUCUGCGUCGAAAGACACGCCGCCUACGUCUCAGUUACAGCAAAACCUGCUCCUCAACCGGCAGGUCAGUGCCUUUGAAGGACGCGCCCGGAAUGACGAUGAUACAUUCUGGCUCGGAAACGGCGCUCGAGACGAUGAAAAUACAAGUUCCGCAGAUGGUGCUGGAGAUAUGCUCAGCCAGUAUACCGACGCCAUUUUGGCCCAAGAUUACGCGCUCAGUACUCCCAAUGACGAUGCCAUAGAUUGGGAGCGAUGGGAUACUUGGUUCGGCCAUCUCGAUCCUCUGUGUCCGAGUGCUACUCCACAGAGAAAGAGGGGGGUCAGCAAUGAGAGCUUAAUGUCCAGGUGA